UCAGCUGCGAAGUUGUGCAACAGUCUGUUCUGAAUUGAAUGAUGUGCUGUGAGCAGUUGCUAUACACAAAGGCAACUAAAAUUGCUUGUUGCUUUUCCAAAGAAAGUGCAUCUUUCAAAUUCAAAGUUUUAGCAUAAGUGGACCAUGGAAAACUCGGGCAGGCCUUACCGGGGUAGGCAAGGUGGCUGGGAGAGGGGAGCAGGAGCAGAGAGGGGAGAAACCUGGAGGAGCCAGGACCAGGGUCGAGGACAGAACUACAGAUCAGAGGGAGGUCAGCAGGGCAAGAACCAGGGAGGGCCCUACCGGGCCAGUCCCAAGAAGGGAGGAAUGGGACCCCUGAGCUACUCCCCUGGUGGAUUCAGAGGUGGGCACAGCCCCUCGCAGAAGGAUGACCCUCGGUGGUUCUCAGGUCCUGAGAACAGUGGUGGGACACGAGAGGAUAACUGGAGAGAGCGCUCACAGCAGCACUGGAGGAGGAGUACCCAAGGAGAAGGUCCAAAGGAGGACAGGGAGCAGGGGGCGAGAGAAGACACUGAUGGUAAUGCUAAUAAAUCAGGGAGAAGACGGAGAAACAGAAACAAGAAUAGAGCUUAUGCUGAAGAGAACAGGGGCCCUCUGAUUGACGAGUCCACACUCUCAGCCAAAGAGCUGCAGAACCUUCGGCAGGCAGAGACGCGGCUCAACAAAGAUGACAUCUACAGCCUGAAGAAGAGGUCCCACAGUAACCCUGGUGCACUUUACACCUGCACUCUGUGUGAUGUUCUGCUGGAGUCUGUGUCUGACGCUUACAGACAUAUCAGAGACAAACGGCACAAGAAGAGGGCCAAGGAGAGGCAAGAGCAGGUGAUGCUGACUGAGAUUAUGCCUCCUGGUCCAGAGCAGAUCAGUGCAGUGAGUGAUGCACUAGAGGCUGUUGUCCGGGAACAUGGGAUGAGUGAUCAGGAUGUUGAGACAAGACAAUUUGUUGUCUCCAUGAUGCAAGACCUCCUUCUUUCCGUCCUGCCUGAGAUCAGGCUCAGGCUAUAUGGAUCAUCUUGCACCAAGUUUGGAUUUAAGGAUUCUGAUGUUAACAUUGACAUUCAGUAUCCUCCUCACAUGCAUCAGCCAGACGUCUUGUUGUUGGUGAAGGAGAGCCUCUCUGUGAGCCCUAUUUUUGUUAAUAUGGAAGCUGAUUUUCAUGCCAGGGUACCUGUGGUUAUGUGCAAAGAGAAAAAGAGUGGUCUGAUGUGCAAAGUGAGCGCAGGUAAUGAAAACGCCUUCCAAACCACCUCCUAUCUUUCUGCUCUAUCCAGUCGGGAGCAACUCCUCCUCCCACUGGUAUUGGGACUGAGACACUGGGCCAAGAUCUGUGAGAUCGACCGUGCAGAAGAAGGCGGGCUGCCGCCAUAUGUCUUCGCCCUCAUGGUUAUAUACUUCUUACAGCAGCGCAAAGAGUUCCUGUUGCCUACCUACCUUAAACAAGAGAUUAAGGGGUUUUCACUCAGCAGGCUGUCAGACUUCAAUCUCACACAUACAGAGGAUGGACAUUUACACUGGGCUUACACCCCUCCCUCUAAAGAACAGCCAACAGAGGGCUCCUGUGUAAAGGGAAAGGUUCCGCUGGUGCUUCAGAGCCCUCACCCGCCGGUGGAAGUUGGUCUUCUCUGGGUGGAAAUGCUUCGCUUCUACUCGCUGGAGUUCAACUUGGCUGACAAUGUGAUCAGUGUGCGUACCAGUCCUGUCCUCUCCCGAGAGAUGAAAGACUGGCCAAAGAAACGCAUCGCUGUGGAGGACCCGUUUGCUGUGAAGAGAAAUGUGGCCCGCACAGUGAACAGCCAGCAAAUGUACGAGUACAUCCUCCACUGCCUCAAAAACACGUACAAGUACUUUGCACUGCCACUCAACACGUCAGCUGCUAAUCACAAGAUAAAGGCACAGCGUGGACCCAGUCAGGGGGCAAACGCAGAGGCUUUAAAUGAAUCCGAUAUCGUAUCAGAUUUCAGUGAGCUCAACAUUCAGUCACAACAUGCAAAUCAACCUAAAGCUGUGGAAAAUGGCCCUGAAGACUCUGAUUGCAUUAUUGAGGAAGAGGAGGAAGUUGAAGAAUAUAGCGACUCGGAUGAAGAACGAGAGAAGGAAAAAGUCGACCUGGCCAAAAGCAGUCUCUCUGAGGACGAGGAGGAUGAGGAUAUUGAUGUGGACACGCAUAACAGGCAUCACUUGGACAGCUUCACCACAGAGGACGAGGACAUUUUCCCAGUGGACGAGAUCUCAGGGGAGGAGCUUUUGUCUGAUGAGGAGGGUCCAGACUUGGACACACCUGGUUCAAUGGAUGAGGAGGAAGAAGAAGAGAUGGAGUUGGCACCUGUGAGUCUCUCACCUGCAACUUUAUUAGAGGAUACAGUUAAGGAUCCGAGCCUGGAAAAUAAAAAACAACAGCAGAAGAAACGGUCCUAUGUCUUCACCCGGCAAGCUUUCACCAGAGGCAAGUCACACAUGGUCGUGUGCAGCUUGUGCAAGCGGGAUGGACAUCUGAAGAAAGACUGUCCGGAGGAUUUCAAGAAAGUGCAGCUGGAUCCUUUGCCUCCAAUAACACCGGAGUUUCUCGGCGUCCUUAACAAAGUCUGUGAGCAGUGCUUCACUGACUUCGCCCCAGAUGAGCUGGAAGUGGGUGUUCGAGAGCACAUCCUUCAAGACCUGGAGACCUUUGUCAGACGACAGUUUGCAGGAGCGCAGCUACAACUGUUUGGAUCCUCCAAAAAUGGCUUUGGCUUCAGGCAGAGCGACCUAGACAUCUGUAUGGUGCUGGAGGGGCAGGAGACCAUAGAUGAUGUUGACUGCAUCAGCAUCAUUGAAAGCUUGGCGAGAAUGCUGAGGAAACACCCAGGCCUGAAAAACAUCCUGCCCAUCACUACAGCAAAAGUACCGAUUGUGAAGUUCUACCAUGUUCGCACCGGCCUGGAGGGAGACAUUAGCCUCUACAACACUCUGGCCCUGCACAACACACACCUGCUAGCUUCGUAUGCUGCCAUUGACAGGAGAGUGAAGAUCCUCUGUUACGUCAUGAAGGUUUUCGCCAAGAUGUGUGACAUCGGGGAUGCUUCACGUGGCAGUCUCUCCUCCUACGCUUACACCCUCAUGGUGCUGUUCUUUCUCCAGCAGAGAAACCCCCCAGUUAUCCCUGUGCUGCAAGAGAUUUAUGAUGGAAAGAAGAAGCCGGAGGUGCUAGUUGAUGGCUGGAACGUGUACUUCUUUGAUGAGUUAAAAACACUGCCCAGUCGCUGGCCACAGUGUGGGAUGAACACUGAGACGGUGGGGGAGCUGUGGCUCGGCCUGCUCCGCUUUUAUACAGAGGACUUCGACUUCAGAGAGCAUGUUAUCUGUCUCCGUCUGCACAGCUGCCUCACCACCUUCAACAAGCAGUGGACGUCCAAAUACAUCGUCAUUGAAGAUCCGUUCGACCUGAAUCAUAAUCUUGGUGCUGGUCUGUCCAGGAAAAUGACUAACUUCAUCAUGAAGGCUUUCAUCAACGGCAGAACAGUGUUUGGCACACCAGUCAAGGCAUUUCCUCCUGUGUACCCCAGUCAGAUGGAGUAUUUCUUUGAUCCUGAAGUUCUCACCGAGGGAGAAGUGGCUCCCAAUGACCGCUGUUGCCGCAUCUGUGGCAAGAUCGGCCACUUCAUGAAAGACUGCCCCAUGCGUAAGAAGUCCAAACACAGAAGGGACUCAGAGAGAAGGCCAGAGCACCUGCGAGACACAGCAGAGGACGGCAAGGAUCAGGUCAGACACAAGAGUGAGCACUGGAGGAAAAGGGACUCGCAGGAGGUGCGCUGCUGCUUCCUGUGUGGAUCAAGUACCCACAUCAAGAAGGACUGUCAGCUGUACAGAAGCCCUGCAGGUAACACCAGGAUGGACGGCUUUUCUUCCACCUCUUCAGCCCACUUGAGGAAUGUGAGAGAAAAGGAGAGACAGGGUUUACCUUUACAAGAAGACAAGAAGAGAAAACAGCAAAAUGUGAUAUUAACUCCACAAACAGGUAGUUUAGCCUGUAGAAAUGUGGGUCGCUCUGGUCACAGGAAGAGUCCAGUGGAAUGAGCAGCAGCUAUCGCACCACAAACCACAAGGUUCUCCUCUUGUCCAGGCAGACAGCAACCCAAACUCCAGAAACCAUUGAAUCUGAAUGGGACUGUUGGGCCAAUGGGAGCCUGUUAAAAGCCAAAGCCAGGACGCCUUGACUUGAAGCCAAAUAGGGCCUUUUUAUGUGUGUCCCCGCCCCCCCAAAGCUGUCCUCCGCUUUUUAAUGCUUUCAUUUUAACAAGAGAAGCCAUUAUGCACGCACCUCAUGUCUUUGUUUACCUGCACUGCCAGUCAAGGUUUUUUUUUUUUUUUUUUAUAAAAUGUAUUUGCAUACAUCUCUUAAAUCUCUUAAAUAAGAACAUGUAAGUAUUUGAGUUUCUCACAUAACUAAUAGUUGAUUGCUGAUAAAUCCUGAUCACCAUGAUGAGGUUUAUUUUGCAGUCAACAUACUAUACAUUUGUCUAAUGCUUGACGUUAACCUUUUUUGACACUAUUGGGUCAACUGUCCUCUCAGUGAGGUAAAACAAAGUUUUCGUAAACACUGCUACAGCUGUAAGAUAAAUGGACCUGUUGUCUGCUAUUUUAAGUGACUUGACGUCAGUUAGUUAUUAAGAUUAAGGCCGUUUCAAAUUAAUCCAAGAAGUCACAUUGGUUAAUUUAUUCCUUAUUUCAUAUUAACAAGGUUAUUAGGAUCAAUUUCCAAUUCUGUUUCUUGAGAUUUAACCCAAAAAAUUACAAUAUAGGUUGUGCAAAAACCUUUGACUGGCAGUGUACAUAAUGGCCAGGAUCUUUUAUUUUAUUUUAUUGAAUUUCUUUUAAAACCUGUUUUAAUUUGUCCUGCACUGAUGUCCAUCAGUCUGUCUCUCCUUCAGCCUUGAAAGCAGCUCUACCUAUAGUAAGUUUGUGUGUCGCUGUUGGACAAACAACCCUGUAGAUAUUUUUCCAGGAUCAUAGUUUUAUUUUUGGUGACUGCUGAUCCACCCCUAUUACAUUGAUACAUGCCCUUCAACUGCCUGUGUGUGAACAGAAGAACAGUAAAAUUGUACUGUCCUCUGCUAACCCUAACCUUUAUGGGUCUCCACACAUGCAAGGAAGUGAGUUGAGAGUUGGACAAAAAGUGUCACUCAGUGGUAAGGUUUUAAAAAAACAAUGAACUGGUUCAACUGAGAGUGUACACUGCUGCAAACACUGUUCACUUACUCCUAAACUAGAGGUAAUCUCAGUUUGUUCAGUGAAGAGAUAAAUGUAUUUAUUUUCCACAAAGGCUUCAUUUUGUUGUAUUGGUGCCACAGAUUGGUAGCUGCACUGUGUGAGGGUACACACCCUUUAAUUAUGUUGCUGCUAGUUUAAUGUCUCAAAAUCCUGCUUAUCAUUCAACUUCAAAUAUGGACUGUCUGGCUUUAUUGUUGUCCUAUUAUGGCUGACUUUUAUUAAAAGAAAUGUGUUGUUGGUGGUAUUGUAAUCAAAAUUUCUCAUUUUAAAGUAGCUUUGUUUUGUUUUGCAUUUCUUUUGUUGGACUCAAAUGACAGGUUUAGUUUGUUAAGGAACCCCCAUCCUGCCAGGAAAAGUUGGCUUGCAAUCCAUUUUGUGUCUCAAAAAAUUCAUUAAACUAAAAUCCAAUCCCAGUGUGGAAUA